UGUGCUGCCAGCACCACCUGCGUGGACUCCUGUGUGUGCCACGAGGGCCUUGUCCUGGAUGCCAACAUCUGCAUCCCCCCCUCCGACUGUGGUUGCGUCUUCAGGGGUCUCUUCCAUGGCCUAGGAGAGGAGUUCUGGGGUGAUCCCACCUGCACACAGCGCUGCGUGUGCGAUGCAGAGCAGCGGCAGGCAGUGUGCCGGAAUUCCAGCUGCGGUGCAGAGGAGGAGUGUCGGGUGCAGGAGGGAAUCCAGGAUUGUUAUCCCAAAGUUUUUGGGGUCUGCAGCGCUGUUGGAGCCACCCACUAUGAAACCUUUGACAGCAGGAGGUUCAUCUUCCAGGGGACAUGUGUCUACCUGUUUGUUGGGUUGUGUGAAGACAACCCAAAUUUGGUGGGGUUCCAGGUGUUGGUGCAGAACGGCCGCCAGGGCGACGGGCACCUGUUGGCCAUUACCGUGGUGACAGUCAAAGUCUACAACAAAACCAUUGGCAUCAGCAGGGAACAGCCUGGGAAAAUCAUGAUUGAUGAGCGGUUGGUCAACCUCCCGUAUCUCCAUGGUGACAAGCAGAUUGUUGUCUAUCGCCACGGGCAGGACGCAGUGGUAGAGACCAACUUUGGCCUUGUUGUUACCUAUGACUGGCACGGCCAUGUCACUGCGACAGUGCCCGGCGCCUUCGCCAACGCCCUGUGCGGGCUCUGUGGCAACUUCAACGGCGUUGCCAGUGACGACAUGAGGAUGAGCAACAGCAACAUGGCAUCAGACCCGGAUGCCUUUGGGAGCAGCUGGAAGGUCGCCGAUAUCCUGGGAUGCACUGAGAGAUCGAUGGUGGAAUGUUCCAGUGCCGCCACGGCGCCACGGCUGCAACAGGAGGUGUCCAGGAUGGGGUGUGAGAUUAUGUUGGAAAAGGAUGGACCCUUUGGAGCAUGUCAUGGCCACGUGGACUCCCAGCUGUACUUCCAGAGCUGCAUCCGGGACUCCUGCCUCUUCCCAGAGCAGGAAGAUGGGAUGUGUCCGAUCAUUGCCAGCUAUGCCAGUGCGUGCCGGGCUGCCGGCGUGUCCAUUGGGAGGUGGAGGAUGGAUAAUUUCUGCUCAGAUAUUCCCUGCCCUCCUAACAGCUCCUACAAGCUCUGCUCUAACACCUGCCAGCACAGCUGCGGUGCCAGCUCUGCCACAUGCCGAGGGCAGUGCCGCGAGGGCUGCGCAUGCCAUGAUGGCUUCAUGCUCAGCGGGGACGAGUGUGUGCCCACAGCUCACUGCGGCUGCACCCACCACGGCAUGUACUACAAGGAGGAUGAGACCUUCUACCCCACAGAGGAUGAGGAGUGCCGGUGCCUCUCCAGCAGUGCUGUGGAAUGCCAAAAUAUUUCCUGUCCUGAUGGCAGCCCUGGGAAGGUCGUUGAUGGCAUCUUCCAGUGUCCCCCGCCAGCAUCUGGCACCUGCGUGGCCAUGGGAAACAGUGCCUAUAUCACCUUCGACGGGGUGGCCUUCAAUGUCACCGGGUCCUGCUCCUAUAUCCUCAGCCAGACCUGCGCGGGUGACGUGACAUCGUUUGUGGCCACAAUUCAGAAGGAGGCCCAUAGGAAGGGGAAGGUUUCCGGGAUCCAGGCGUUGUCUGUGGAAGUCUAUGGGGUCAACUUGACCUUAACCCAAGGAAAAGGGGGAGAUGUCAUGGUGAAUUCAAUCUCUCACCACCUCCCAGCCAUCCUGGGCGAGGGGCAAAUCCAGGUGUAUCCCCAUGGGACAGGGGUCCUGCUCCGCACUGACUUCGGCCUCGUCGUCCACUACGACCUCACCCAGCACGUGACACUCACGGUCCCCCAGACCUACCUGGGCCAGCUGUGUGGCCUUUGUGGCAACUACAACGGGCAACGUGACGAUGAUUUCCACCUCUCCAACGGCCAACUGGCUCCGGAUGCAACAGCCUUUGGAUCCGCAUGGAAAACCAAGGAUAGGCCUUGUGAAGAUGCCUGUCCUGACGAGGAGUGUUCCACCUGCUCCAAGGAGAAGGUGCUGGUCCUCCAAAAACCCAACUACUGCGGCCUCCUCACGGCCCCUGAGGGGCCCUUUGGCUCCUGCCACAGCGUCGUUGACCCCACCCCAUAUUCCCAAUCCUGCGUCCAUAACCUCUGUGUGACUGGAGGGGAUACAGGUGCCCUGUGCCGGAGCAUCCAGAGCUACGUCAGCAUGUGCCAGGAUGCUGGAGUUGCUGUGGGGGAUUGGAGGACGCCAUCCUUCUGCCCCCUCCCCUGCCCGGCCAACAGCACCUACUCCCUGUGCACCAACACCUGCGCCAACACCUGCGCCGGGAGGGCCACCAUGUGUCCCCAAACCUGUGCUGAGGGCUGCCAGUGCCACCAGGGCUCCCUGUCAGACGGGCAGGGCUGCAUUCCCGAGGAGCAGUGCGGGUGCUUUGAGGAUGGACGAUACUACAAGCCCCAUGAGGUGGUUUUCCAGGAUCGCUGCCAGCGCCGGUGCUCCUGUAUCCCAGGCCAGGGCCUCACCUGCCACGACCACUCCUGCACUGAGGAUGAAUCCUGUGAAAUUCGGGAGGGGGUCUUGGGAUGUAUCAACAAAAACCCCUGCAAGUCCCUGAGGUGCCGCCCCAAGGAGCGGUGCCGGCCCCGUGGCUCUGAAUCCCGCUGUGUCCCAGCGCUGGUGGCCACGUGCUGGGCAUGGGGGGAUCCCCACUUCCGUACCUUCGACGGGCUAGAAUUCGACUUCCAAGGAACCUGCACCUACACCAUGGCCGAAUCCCAUGGGAAUGACCCCAGGCUGGAGCCCUUUAGGGUGGAGGCCAGGAAUGACAUCCGGGGCGGGAUCAGAUCCGUGUCCUAUGUCUCCGUCGUUAACAUCGACGUCUAUGGACAACGCGUGUCCUUCCACCACAACGAGGACGGGAAAGUCCGGGUGAACGGGGAGCUGGCCCUGCUCCCAGUGUUCCUGGUGGAUGGGAGGCUCCGUGUCCAUCCCAGCGGGCUCCGCGUCACCCUGGACACGGAUUUUGGGCUCCGUGUCUCCUACGACUGGAACUGGCAUCUCUUCAUCAACCUCCCCAGCAGCUUCUUCGGCCACGUCCGUGGCCUCUGUGGGAACUUCAACCUGCAGCCCCUGGACGACAUCCCCGAGGCCGGUGACAACAUCCCUGCCCUGGUGGCCUGGGCCAGGGGCUGGAGAAGCUCUGACCCCGACGCCCAGGAUCCUCUUUGUUGGGAUCACUGUGAUGGGGAGUGCCCAGUGUGUGAGGAGAAGGAGCUUUGGGGUGGGAACAGCUACUGUGGGAUCAUCAAGAAGUCCUUCCAGGGGCCCUUCCAGGCAUGUCAUGCUGUGGUGAAGCCCCAGGAGUUCUUCGGCAGCUGCCUGGCCGAGCUGUGCCGGAGCCGCGGCGCGAGGCAGGUCCUGUGCCGGGUGCUGGAGACUUACGCGGACACGUGCCGGAGGAGCAGGGCGACCGUGGGUGACUGGAGGACACCAGCAGGAUGCCCCCUCCCUUGCCCUGAGAACAGCCACUAUGAGCCGUGUGGCACCGCCUGCCCAGCCACCUGCUCCCUCCCGGAUGCUCCCUCCUCGUGUGCCCUGCCGUGCGUGGAGUCCUGUGUGUGUGACCGCGGCCACGUGCUGAGCGCCGGGCACUGUGUCCCUGUGUCCCGCUGCGGCUGCACCCGCGCCGGACGCUAUCACCGCCCCGGUGAGGAGUUCUGGGGGGACCCCUUGUGCCGCUCCUGGUGCCGCUGUGACCCAGAGCUGGGCAUGGUUGUGUGUGAGGAGGCCAGGUGUAAGUCAGGUGAGGUGUGUGCCGUGGUGGAGGGCGUCAGGAAGUGCGUGGCCACCAACCGCUCCAUCUGUGUGGCCACGGGGGACCCCCACUACACGACCUUUGAUGGGCACCGCUACGACUUCAUGGGCACCUGUGUGUACCUGCUGGCCGGGCUGUGCUCCCCUGACCCCACCCUCGUGCCCUUCAAUGUCACCGUGGAGAACAACCACCGUGGGAACAACCGGGUGUCCUUCACCAAGGUGGUCACCUUGGAGGUGUUCAAUGUGAGCCUCAGCCUCAGCCAGGAGCACCCCAAGAAGGUCAAGGUCGAUGGCGUCCUGCUGGACCUGCCCUUCUCUCACCCCUCCCACGAGCUCCGGGUGUCCCUGCGGGGUGUCCACGGCUUCAUCAGCACGGCCUUUGGCGUCACCGUCACCUUCGACUGGCACAGCUACGCCCGCGUGAUCCUGCCCAGUACCUUUGCCGGCGCCGUCUGCGGCCUCUGCGGCAACGCCAACGGAGACCCCCACGACGACUUUGUCACCCACCAGGGCCACCCUGCCCACAAUGAGACCCACUUUGGGGACAGCUGGAAGGUCUCUGAGGUCCCUGGGUGCUCCCCAGGGUGCACCGAGGGCUGCCAGGGGUGCAGCAACACCCAACGCCGCACCUACCGCGGGGACAAGCACUGUGGGGUCCUGGUGAAGAAACGGGGACCCUUGGCCAUGUGCCACGAGGUCAUUGACCCUGCCCCAUUCCUGGAGGACUGUCUGUUUGACGCGUGUCUCUUCGACGGCCACCACGAUGCCGUGUGCCAGGCCGUGGGCGCCUACGUCAGCGCGUGUCAGAGCCGCGGCGUGGCCUUGGGGCCCUGGCGCACACACGCAUUCUGCAGCCCUGUGUGCCCCCCGAACGAGCACUACGAGCUGUGUGGCCCCCCCUGCCCCCCGACCUGCCAGGACGAGUCCGGCCCGCCGUCCUGCCCCGAGCCCUCCCCGUGCUCCGAGGGCUGUUUCUGCGAUCCCGGUUAUUUCCGAAGCGGGGAUUCCUGUGUUCCGCUAUCCCAGUGCGGCUGCACUCUGGAGGGUCGUUAUUACCCCCGGGGGGCGCAGUUCUACCCCUCCCCGUCCUGCACCCAGCGCUGCGUGUGCUCCAGGGGGGGGUACGUGGAGUGUGAGCCCACCCCGGGGUGCCCUCCGGGCCAGGAGUGCGGGGUGCGAGACGGGGUCCUGGGGUGCCACCCCCGCAGCGCCUGCGGGCACUGCCAGCUCCUGGGGAGGGGCACCUACAGCACCUUCGGGGGGCAACUGGGGGGCUUCGGGGGGUCCUGCACCCUCCUGCUGCUGGAGAUGGACGCGGGGGACCCCGAGGAGGGGCCGCAGCCCCUCAGGGUGGCCCUGGAGCAGCACGAGGGGGAGGUGAGGAGGGUGACGGUGACGGCGCAGGGGAUGACGGUGGCCAUGGACAGGGGACAGCGCUGGGAGGUCACGGUGGACGGUGAGCGCCACAUGCUCCCCCUGUGGCUUGGGGGGGGGCUCCCUGGGGGUCACCCAGGUGGGGUCCCACCGGCUGCUCCACGUGCGGGGGGGGCCCAAAAUCCUGUACGACGGUGAUUCCUACGCGGUGCUGACACUGCCUCCCGCGCAACAACCCCCACGCGGGCUCUGCGGGGACCCCAAAAUUUUGGGGACGCUCCCCCCGAACUGCACACACGCGGACCCUGCGGGGACGCCCUCGUGUCCCCCGGGGCGCUGCGCGGUGCUGGCGGACCCCGCGGGGCCCUUCGGGGGGUGUCACCGCGCGGUGCUCCCCCGGGCGCACCUGGACACGUGCGAGCUCCAGGUGUGCGCGGGGGGGGUCGGAGGGGGCGAUCCCUGCCCCGCAUUCCAGGGAUACGCGGCCGCGUGUCAGGCGGCGGGGGGGGAACUCCGAGAGUGGCGCGAGGAGACGGGAUGUCCCCUGCUGUGCCCCCCCCGCUCCCAGUACCAGCUCUGUGCCCGCACCUGUGCCCGCACCUGCGCAGGUGUGUCGGCCCCGCCCCCCUGCAGCGGGCGGUGCUUCGAGGGCUGUCAGUGCUCUGAGGGGCUCCUAUUCGACGGCGCCCGCUGCGUCCCCCCGGGGAACUGCGGCUGCUUCCACCAAGGGCGGUACUUCCAGGUGGGUGUGGCCCCAGUGCCUCCCAGUCCCGCCCAGUUCAGUCCCAGCCCUGGGUCUUCCCAGUUUUCCCAAGUUGAUCCCACUCCCCGUCACUGCACCCCCCAGUGUCCCUUAUAUCUCCCGGUAUGCUCUAGUUUCCCCCCAGACCCUUCC